AUGGAGUGUGCGUUGUCUGAAUCUCUCAGCCCAGAUACCACUGUCAUUACAGAUCUGGCAGAGCAGAAUUCCUGGACUCCACUCAGCACUACCCUACAACCAACUGUGUUCAUGAAAGUGGAGGAGGGCACUGCUGAACUGCAAAACGGGCCAGAAGAACCACCCAGUUAUUCAAUGUCUACCCACAGUACAUACGACACCCUCAGUCCCCUGCAGCAACAGUUUUCAGGUGAAUACCUGUUUGGAGGACUAGAAAGCAGUUCACGAUAUUCUUACCAAAACAUUUCCUCACAAACCAAUCAGGAUACUUCAGUCCAGCCACCCUAUCCCAAACCCAUCUACUCCUAUAGCAUUCUCAUUUUCAUGGCUUUAAGGAAUAGCAGAACUGGCAGCCUGCCCGUCAGUGAGAUCUACAGCUUCAUGACAGAGCAUUUUCCUUACUUUAAGACAGCACCUGAUGGAUGGAAGAAUUCUGUCCGCCACAACCUUUCCUUGAACAAGUGCUUUGAAAAAGUAGAGAACAAGAAUGGAAAUGCCUCACGGAAGGGCUGCCUGUGGUCCCUUAAUCCAGCUAAGGUGGAGAAGAUGCAGGAAGAGCUGCAGAAGUGGAGGAGGAAAGACCCUAUCACAGUGCGCAGGAGUAUGGCCAGACCAGAGUUGCUAGAUCAUCUUCUGGGCGAGAGACCGGAAAAACUUAAAUCCCUCUCUUCCCACCUCAACAACCACACUUAUUCAACACUCCCAAGAGCCAGCUUGCUGCCGCCAUACACCUCCAGUACUCCGCUCAGACGACCUCACUACAGUUAUUACAGCAUGCCCUCACAGGCUACUCCUCAGCAAGUCCAAUACCUACCCUCAAAUUCUCAGACCUUGUCCUUGUACUCCCCUAUCCCACAUCAGCAGCCCAGCACACGGCUGCCGCACAGAACUGGCAGCCUUGACUCGCCCUUACUUGCACACACACCACCCAGUUACAGUGCUACUCUGCAGUCCAGCCAUAAUGCUGCAACAAGCAUGCAGGAGCUGUUAAUGGAGGGAGAGCUAAGCAAUGACAUAGAUACACUCAAUCCAAGUCUGACUGACUUGCAGCUCCAUGGUCACUUGUGGGAGGAGCUGAGGGAUGACAGCCUGGCUCCGGACUCACUGACAGUCAUUGACACACCAGCCACCCCUGACCAGCUCAGCCCCAACCAUGCUGGAGAUUGUGGAAGAAGCUCUAGUGGUUCAGGUAGUGGGGACAUAGAAACAGCUGGGCAUGAUAAUCUUUCUGAGCUAUACAUCACUGGACUUUGCCCCAGUGGAUUCAGCAGUGCAGAAAGCAUAGCGAGUCUCUAUUCUGCCCCAAUAUCCACUCCCAUACCCCUGCUAUGAAAAAGGCUGGUGUCAAUAAAGGAGGAUAUUUUAAACUUAAAUGUACACAAAAUGUACCACUUGACAAAA